AUGAAUUCCAUCAUCCAACCAACUCGACAAUCCACAAUGCAGAGUGCCAUGAGUGAAGACGCCGUUCCCUCUGGUGAUCCUAGAAAUACGACGGAACUGCUGGCAGAGCGGAUGAGUGCCUGGAGAUGCGCUGUAGAAUAUGUCGACGAAUACGUUAAUGCCACCGAAAGAAUGGAGAGGGCCCAAGCCAAGGAGUACGAAAAGGUUCUAAAGACCAUUCAGAGUCCCUUGAGAGCAGGUCACCACUUUGAUCAAAAUGUGGGCGGCAUUGCUGGCUUGUUUGAAAACAUGCGUCAAAAUACUCAGGCUAUGAUCAAUACGCAUCUCGAGACCGAAAAGAACAUCAGAGCUAAUGUAAUUCCAAUUGUGGACCGGCUACGAAGGGAUAUCAAGCAGAAAACUAAAGAACUUGCCUCCGGUGCACUGAAGAGCGUAAAGGAAGUCGAAAAAGCUCGUAACAUCACACAAAAGUAUAUCGAACUUCUUGGACAAAAUGCGGCCGGUUUCGACGCGAGUGGUAGCAGGUUCAACAGCUCCGAAGAUCCAUAUGUCUUACGACGUGGAGUUCUCCAUCGUUUAUCGAAGCAAGUUAUGGAGGAAAAUAAUCACCGCCAUGAACUUGUCGCUCUGCAACAGAAUUUUGGUCAAUUUGAACAACAUAUUGUUGAAGUUAUUCAAACAACACUGGCCGCGCUGACUGGGCUUAUGAAUGGCCAAGGUCAAAGCCAAGAACAACAUUAUUCUGAUAUGCUCGGAACUGCACAAGCUAUUCCAUCUAAUUUUGAAUGGAUUGGAUUCCUUUCGCGCUCUGGUGAUAUUCUCAUCGACCCUACCACGCCAGAUCGCAACAUGGAUUCGAUAACAUUUCCCAAUCAAGAUCAUAGAGCUACCAACCCCAUUAUAGAGGGCACUCUCGAGCGAAAAUCGCGAAAUAAAUUAAGCUUCUCAGGAUUCUCAACAGGUUACUAUGCGGUAACGCCAAGCAAAUACCUACAUGAAUUCAAGGACGACGAUAAUAUUCGCAAAGAUCCCACUCCAGAACUUUCCAUCUAUCUCCCCGAUGCGACCCUGGGGGUUCCCAACGGUGAAAAGUUUCACGUCAAGGGCAAAGAUGUGAGCAAAGGCCUCGGUAGUAAGUUGACUGGUACCCCAGAAAUACAAUUCAAAGCUGCCACUGCCGAUGAGGCUCAGAAAUGGUUUAAAGCCUUCCAGAUUGCUAUUAGUAAUGUACCAUCAACUAUAGUUGCUACAAAAGCUACAGUCGCCAAUGAAAAUAUUGCUACUCCGGUUAAAUCUACUACCCCAAUCAUUACUACAGCUCCUAGUAGUGAUGCCUCAGUGAAGAAGAGUCCAGAAGAAACCGCGGAAACUUCGAGCCUACCAUCCAAGGAAAGCAGUCCUAUAAUUCAAAAGGAAGAGGAGAAAGAAAAUUUAACAUCGACACCUACGGAUAACAAGACUAUUACCGAAGUUUCUGAGAGUGUUGUUGCCGUUGAGCAAGCACCACUUAAAUCUCAUCCUGUUAAUCCUCAGACUACCGAGGCUAAGGAGUGA